UCCCUUUCGACUUCCGCUCUCCCAUGUGAGCGAGGCAGGUUCCUGAGAUGAGCGCGAUCCGGGAUGCGAAGAGCCUUCUGGCUUUAGGCCAACGGGAAGAACUAGUGGAUUUACCAAAAGACUACCCCUUGAGCGCCAGUGAAGACGAGGGGGAUAGUGAUGGAGAGAGAAAACACCAAAAGCUUCUGGAAGCUAUCAGCUCCCUCGAUGGAAAGAACAGGCGGAAAUUGGCUGAGAGGUCUGAGGCUAGUCUGAAGGUGUCAGAGUUCAACGUCAGUUGUGAAGGAACAGGCGAAAAGUUAGUCCUUUCAGAUCUGCUCGGGCCUGUCAAAGCUUCAUCCUCAUUGGCCACUGUGAAAAAGCAACUGAACAGAGUCAAAUCAAAGAAGACUCUGGAAUUACCUCUUAACAAAGAAGAGGCUGAACGGAUCCACAGAGAAGUGGCAUUCAAUAAAACCUCCCAAGUCCUCUCCAAAUGGGAUCCUAUUGUUCAGAAGAACCGCCAAGCAAAGCAACUGGUGUUUCCCCUGGAGAAGGAGCAAGCAGCCUUUGCUCCCAUUGAGCAUGUGCUAGGUGGCUGGAAGGCAAGAACCCCCCUGGAGCAGGAAGUCUUUAACCUCCUCCAUAAGAACAAGCAGCCAGUGACUGACCCUUUGCUGACUCCUGUGGAAAAGGCCUCUCUGAAAGCCAUGAGCCUGGAAGAGGCUAAGAUGCGCCGCGCAGAGCUUCAGAGGGCCCGGGCUCUGCAGUCCUACUAUGAGGCCAAAGCACGAAGAGAGAAGAAAAUCAAAAGCAAAAAGUAUCAUAAGAUUUUGAGGAAAGGAAAGGCCAAGAACGCCCUCAAAGACUUUGAGCACCUGCGGAAGGUUAAUCCACUUGCUGCACUGGUAGAACUGGAGAAAAUGGAAAGGGCCAGAAUGAUGGAGCGAAUGAGCCUAAAGCACCAGAACAGUGGCAAAUGGGCCAAGUCAAAGGCAAUCAUGGCCAAGUACGACCUGGAGGCUCGCCAGGCUAUGCAGGAGCAGUUAGCCAAGAACAAAGAACUGACGCAGAAACUGCAGGCAUCCUCCAUGAACGAGGAGGAGGAGGAGGAGGGCAGGGCCGCCAAAGAAGAGGAAGAACUUGUCCCUGAUGCAGUGAAUGAAGUCCAAACCAAUGCAGACGGACCAAACCCCUGGAUGCUCAGGGCCCACACCAGUGACCCUACAGGGGCUGCAAUCCAGAAGGACCCUGAAGAGCAGCCGGAACCCAUGGCCCCUGAGCUGGCCGGAAGCGAGGAGGAUGAAAAGCCAGUGCCAGAGGAAGAAGCUUUGUUGAAAGAGUUUGAAGAAAGGCGAUCUCUUAGGAAAAGAGCUGAGCUCACCCAAGAUGCUGUGCCAGGGGACAGUCGGGAACCUCAAGAUUCCAGUACCCAGGAGGUGCUGUCUGAAUUGAGGACACUAUCUCAGAAAUUCAACAAGGACAACCAUCGAGCCAAGAAGCAAAAAGUAAGCUCAGUGGACACUGCUGUCCAGGCCAAGAGAGAGGAGGCAACCCCAACCCCGGAAGAGGAGGAGCCUCUGUUGCUGCAAAGACCAGAAAGAAUACAGACUCUAGAAGAGCUGGACGACCUAGGCAAAAGAGGGGACCUCUUGCAGCAGGAGCCACCCAGACCCACAGCUCAAGGGCAGAGGGCAAGGAGCUCUGAUGCCCCUACAGGGAAGAAAAAGAAGGAACAAAUGAUCGAUCUACAGAACCUCCUAACCACAAAGUCACCCUCUGUGAAGUCGUUGGCUGUUCCCACGAUACAGGAGCUGGAAGAUGAAAAGGAGCGAGACCAAAAGCAGAUAAUCAAGGAAGCUUUUGCUGGGGAUGAUGUCAUCAGAGACUUCUUGAGAGAAAAGAGGGAAGCUGUGGAGGCCAGUAAGCCAAAGGAUGUGGACCUGACCCUGCCGGGCUGGGGCGAGUGGGGUGGAAUGGGCCUGAAGCCCAGUGCCAAGAAAAGACGCCGGUUUCUGAUUAAAGCCCCUGAGGGGCCUCCACGAAAGGACAAGAAUUUGCCCAAUGUGAUUAUCAAUGAGAAGCGCAACAUCCAUGUGGCAGCUCAUCAGGUGCAUGUGCUUCCAUAUCCCUUUACCCAUCAUCAGCAGUUUGAAAGGACCAUCCAGACCCCUAUAGGAUCCACAUGGAAUACCCAGAGGGCCUUCCAGAAACUGACCGCUCCCAAGAUUGUCACCAAGCCAGGCCAUAUCAUUAAGCCCAUAAAAGCAGAGGAUGUGGGCUACCGCUCUUCCCCAAGGUCAGACCUCUCUGUCAUGCAGAACAAUCCCAAACGACUGUCUACAAGUCAGAGAAAACAGUUGCAGAAUACCUCUGCAGACUAAAUGGCCAGAGGAGUGACAUCUUGGUACCCAGCACACAUAGCCCUGACCGUUCCACCUGUCUCCACUGCUACAAGAUCAACUUCACAACUGGCUCCACACACUGGGUGUGGCUAAAUCACAUUUUAAAAAUAAAGGCGUUUUU